UUGUGAUCAAGUCAACAACAAAUGUAUACACACACACAACGAAACGCUGAACUAAAUAUCAAAGCAACAUUUGUCAAUUAUUUGAAUUGUGUGACUUAAAUUUGAAACAAUUGAAACUUUUUAAUUUGAAUCUAAACGAUAUAAACGAAUGCUAAAAUGACGACAAUAAUUAUAAAGUUAUUCUUGGUAAUUACCGUUGCUACGACAAUGGUCAAAUCAACUUCGAUGAAAGUUAAACGUGAAAAUUCUUUGCCCAUUUCCAUAUCUACUACAUCACAAUCCCAAUCGAAUAUAAAUCCAGAAUCAGAUUUGAUUGCUGAAUAUUUAAUAAAUAAUCUUCUAAGAUCAUACACACCACCAUUGUCAUCAUCGUCAAAUGAGAAUCGAAAACAAAAUCUAAAAUUAUCUGGCCUUUCAAGAUUACCACUUGAUUCAUUACAUCAGAGUUUAGAUGAUAAGGAAGAUUUGGAUCAGGAAGAUUCAAAUAGACUUUUAUCAGAUUUUUAUACAUCAUUAUUAUAUGGUACUGAUAAUGAUGAUGAUAAUUAUCGACCAUCAAUGUUGAUCAAUAAUGAUGAUGGCCAUCAAGAGAUUGGCUGGUUCGAUGGGCCUGUUUUACCAAAAGUAACUGCAUUGGCCAAGGAUUAUAGUGAUGAUACUUAUCUUGGUGAUGUUGACGAUGAUGAUCAAGCUGCUGCUGCUGCUGCUGGUUAUGAUCAAGAAAGUGUGCUUGAACCUUCAUUGGUACCAUAUCCAUAUGCUCGACAACAGAUUGAUAAUCCAGAUGAUACAAUAUUAGAUAAUCCUACAUUAAUAAAUGCAUUAUGGACAAACUAUUUGACAUCACGACGGCGUAUGAAUGAUCUUGAAAAUCUAGAUAAUCAGAUUCAACAACAAGCUAGUGAUGAUAAUGAUGAUAAUGAAAAGCAACAGAAUCUAUAUGAUGAUAAUAAUGACAAAUUUACAAUCAAAGGACUUGAAUUGGAUAAACGUCGACAGAAAAUUAUAAAACAUAAAAAUAAAAAAGCUGAAACAACAUCGAAACCACAAUCAUUAUCAACUGCAAUGAAAACAGCGAUAAAUACGAUGGAAAAAGCGAAUAAAAAAGUAAAAAUUCUACAUAAAACAGUUCCUAAAUUAACAAGCUUGAAGCAUUCAUCGGAAAUGAUGAACGGACAGAAAGAAUAUCCAAUGUUGCGGCCAGCCUCAGAAAAUAAUAAAAAUAAGGAACCGGAAUCGACAGAUACGAAUAAAAAUAAUAAUAAUAAUGAUGAUAAUAAUGAAUGGCCAUCCGAACUGGACGAAAAUAAUUUGGCGGAGGAAGAUUCAUUAAAACAACUACCGAAGCAACAGCGAAUAGUUCGUGACACACUAACAUCACAAUUAAGUUCGCUUAAAACAAAACGAGAAAUUCCCCGUAAUAAAAUAAUGGUGGAUGUCAAAUGAAAUGUGAAAGUUUAUUCAACAUCAUCAAAAAAAAAAUUAAUCAUUUUUUUGAUUUGUCAAAAACAUUAAGUAAUUAAUUACUACUACUAUCGGAAAUCAAUGAGAACUGUAUAAAAAAGAAAAGAAAUAUCACAUCAUUAAUAAAAGACACACACACACACACACACAUUAUCAUUCACCUCAAAUCAUCUCAUUGCAUUACACAUUCCUUGUUGACACCGAUAAAAAACCAACGAUCUUUGUUAUCCCAUAUUGCUCCAUUGGUUACACACACACACACACACA